UAUUUGAGGUUGACAUGUGGCAUGAUAUGACAACCAGCAAUGAACAAGAACGAUUGAACUGAUGCUCAAUCUAAUCCAAAUUCAUAUUGAAUAAUUCAAAAGAAAUAGUAAAAAUGGUUACUAAACGAAGACCAAUUCAUGCAACAAAUUUGAAUUUUCGACCGAAUCUGAACAAUUCCAAUAACGUUGAGCAAAAAGGAACCAAACCAACUAGUGAACCUACUUCAGUCAAGGAAAUUUUUAUAUUGAUGGUAUUAUACAUCUGCAAGAAAUCUUUAUUCUUCAACACUGACUUGAAAGUAUGCAUAUAUUUAGGGUGCCUUUUCGUAAUAUCACUAAUAGCGGACGUUCUCACAAUACCGAAGACUUAUCUGUCCCGGUCUGACAAUAUUUUCAACAAAUUCUUCGUUAAGUUCGCCUGGGGAUGGAAUUUGACGCUAGUUUUACCUUUUGUUAUUCUCACAUCUUUCAUUUACUGCUGUGGAAAUAAGCAAAAAAUCAUCAAACAACAUUUGCCUCGAGUUGCAACUGCAACAUUUUUCUGGUGGUUUUGGACGACUUUGUUCAAUUUUAUCGAAGCAUCACUUGGAAGGUGUGCAAAUAACACCUUCAACGUGAAAGCUGACUGCCUACAAAGUGGCUCUUUAUGGAAUGGUUUUGAUCUUUCCGGACACUCUUUUAUCCUCAUAUAUGGUAGUUUGUUUCUGGUAGAAGAAAGCAGGUGCAUAAUGAAUUGGGAUACCAUUAAGGAACACAUUCGUCUAGAAGAACAUAACAGAAUGAUUAAAGAUAACAAAGAAAAAUCAAAUCCUCUUCGUCAUUUAUCAGAAAAAGACUUGAGACAAGUAAAAGAAAACUAUGAGAAAUUUACACCUUAUAUAAGGCUUUUAUUUGUUUGUAUAGCAGCUAUCCAGAUAUUGUGGGACGUUAUGUUGCUAUCUACAAUGUUCUACUAUCAUAUAAUGAUCGAAAAGUUCUUGGGUGGUGCCUUGGCCAUAUUAACAUGGUUUUUUACCUACAGAAUUUGGUACGUGAAACCGUUUUUAAUUCCUAAUCUUCCUGGAGAAGGGGAAUUCAAAUAUAUGAAAUCUAGUACAACAUCACCAACUCCUGUACGUAUCAGAAGAAAGGAGAGUCUGAUUGAUCAAGGACCUCGCUUUAUGGGAAGACCAAUUUACGGUAAUGUGAAAGUGGACGAGACCCUAUCUGGAAGAUAGCAGCUACUUACGUAAUGCACAUCACCAUAUCUGUUUGGUAUAUUUGUUGAAUGUUUUUUUUAAUUUAUUAAUGAAUUUUAUUUAUAUGGGUAUUUUUUUGGAAUAUUUUGCAAAUAAAAUUGUUAUU